CAUUUUGCCGUAUCUGCUUAUCACAAUGAACGUUUUGACUAACUAGUGUCAUCUUUACAAUUGGGUGAAAUUUUGUAACGAGCUAUAUUAAAAUUAGCGUGGAGACAACAAUGGCAGCACGUGGUCGAGGACGUGGAGGCUUUCAGGCAGGUGGUGGAGCCGGCAGAAAACCAUAUGUUGUCACCACAAAACUUUACAUUGGAAACAUACCUGAAACAUGCAGGAAACUGGACUUGCAAAAUCUUUUUGAGGAACAUGGAGCAGUAGUUGAGUGCGAUAUUGUAAAAAACUAUGGAUUUGUGCACUUUGAGAAUGAAGAUGAAGCGAAAAAUGCAGUUGCAGCCAUCAACAACACAGAGUUUCAGGGCUCUGUGCUCUCUGUUGAGUUGUCUCACAGUCGUGUACGGCAGAAACCAGGAAUGGGAGGAAAACAGGAGUGCUACCGGUGUGGGAAGGAGGGCCACUGGUCGAAAGAUUGCCCUAAAGGACCGAGCCGCCCAAGACCCUUUCCAGAGCGAGACCCCUAUGCAGACCCAUAUUACCGUGACCGGUACCCACCUCCACCACCUAUGGACCGUUACAGGCCCUACCCAGACCCUUAUGAUAGACGGCCCCUGCCUCCACCUCGGGACCCAUACUAUAGAGACGUAGAUCCAUAUGCCCGUCCUCCUCCAGAGUACUACGGCAGAAGAGACCCAUACUAUGACCGAGUGAGGGACCCCUACUAUGAUGACCCAUAUGCUCGCCCUGGCUAUUUGCCGCCACCACCACCCGGAUCAUCGCGGUUAUCGCCACCUCGGACCCGCGUUGCCCCGUAUUAAGAGAUGAACGCGAAGACGCAACACGGCACCAUUCGCUCGCUCUCAGCACGAAAACCUCUUUUAAUAUGUGUUAUUACGUGGAACAAGACAAACGAGCGACAUCUUUGUAAAUGAUAUGAACGUGAACUAUAAUCGUGAACUGAUGAACGUGCUUUCGUGGUUUAAUUGUGUUUUACGGAUCUGCUUUAUAAUUUCAUUUUUCAACUUUAUAAUCGUGGCAUAUACAGCUUUGAUAUUAUCAAGGCACAAUUCGCUUAUGCUCAUCGCUUGUAAACCUCAUCAAUCUUGGAUUAUUGAAAUGCACUCAACCUCUUUGUUCAUGAAAGAUUAUGUAAAUUCUUGUCUGUAGGGUAAUAAACAUGUUGUACUGAU